CUGGGUUUUCAAUAGAAGAUACGAAGGAGUAUGUAAGUAUUGGCAAACAUGUCUGGCGAUGAUUACAGUGAGACUGUAACAAAAUUGAUCACCUCCCGCCCAAUGAAGGGGCUCAUACAAGCGCCGGAUGAACCAAAGCCUACUUUGGAAUACCCAGCACCAACUAUGCAAAAUUCUCCUUAUAUACAGCCACUCCCGUUUCAGCAAAUUCAUUACCCACCAUCAUCAACACCAGAGGCUGUGGAAACCCUACCUUCAGGUUCACAAAUUGAACUGCCUAUAGAUGAAGAAGGAGAUCGUCCUACAAAUUCACAUUUCGCUUUCUCUGCUGGUGCACAUCGAGAAAAUUCACGUUUGUUUAAGUUUACUCAUCAAUAUUAUCAAGAAAGAGAUCACGCUAAAAAUUCACGUUUGUUUGGAAGUGUUCAACAAGGUUCCCAAUUAAAUUACGGAGAAGGCGAACUGAAUGUAGCAAGAACGGGGAAAAUGUAUGCAACUUUAUCGGAAAAUAUCUAUUCACAGUUGGAAGAACUCACAACGCGUGAGAACUACAGUAACCAAGAACUCAUUGAUACGGCGAUUGAGAUAGCCGAUGCAGCAGAGCUAUUGCUAACUUUAAGAAAAACAACCGAUGAGAUUGUAUGGGCGGGACAAAAGGCCAAGGAAUCAGCAAUAUUGUUGAAUGAUGCUUUAAAACAGCACAAUCGCGCAACUGAGCUUUUCAGAGAGAGUUUAUCCCUGUUACGCUCAAUUAACUUUGAGCAAUAAUCAAAGCACCAAAUGUGUAAGUGCAUGUGAAACUUUAAUGGAUGAAGAAUUUCAGAAUAAAAUAAUAUAAAGUCUGUUGUUGUAUUGUUAUUUUCUUGUGUCGCUUCUAAUGUUUUCAUAAAUAAAUGUAAAAUGUUUAAUGUGA